AUGAUGAGAAGGCAUCAAUAUGAUGACAAAGUUGACGUGAAGGAGCGCAGUGUAGCCACACUAUUAUACGUUCUGGUGUUACAAGUCAUCGUACGGAAGCAAUAUCGCCGGCUGUCGUGCUACAAAAUCAUGCUCGUACUAGGGGUACAAGACGUCACAGUGGUAAUUGUAACUACAUCGAUUGGUACAGUGUGCUUCCAUCCAUUACUGGAUCGACGGGCUGUAGGGCGGAAGGAGGGUUUUGUGGGCGCCACUGGGCGGUUCAAGAAAGUUACGCCGAAAGCGACGUACAGCCGCGGUCUCUACGAUAUGUGCGCGAUCGGAGUGAACUCUUUGCUGACCGGGUACUUCUGGUUGAUCGGUGCGAACUACUGUCUGAUGCCUUUAUUGAUGUAUGUUACUGGAGCCGCUGGCUUAGGUCUAUGGUGCGGUGCAUGCAUGAUUUGCUUCGUUCUAGUCAUCAAUCGAUUACUGGAUCUUUGGGACAAGCACACGAUGCAAAUGUUGUUCAAGGACGCACGUACCUACGUCAUUCUGCUGAUUCCAUUCUGUUACAGCCUCUAUUUCACGCUUUUCACACCACCCCUGCUGUUCAAUUCAGAUCACACUGCCUGGUUUUUCAGUUCCUUCGCAGACAACCACAAUAUCGACGAGUUCUUCAACUAUCCACACACUACCAAUAACCUGCUCAUAGUUGUGCUCACAUGUUUACUGUAUGUGCAGUACUCUAGACUACUACUUCGUCACUCGAAAGUGGGUGCAGGAUUGUCGUGGGCACAGAAAUCGUUUUUCUUGCAAUCGUCGUCAAUUUGUAUGGCUAAUUUGAUUGCGGCGCUGAUCUACGUCUACAUGCAGUUCUUCCCAACGCCGUCAUAUUUCGUUCUUGUUGGCCAUAUCUGCUGGCAGCUUGGUCAUGGAUUUCCCGCUUUUGUUUACCUUCUGCUGAACCGAACAAUCCAGCGUGAGGCGCUUCUAUUCCUGGGAUUUCGCAAACGUCAGAUUAUUGUGAGACCAAGUAUUGCCGUCGCAUCGAAGACAGUGGUGGCCACCGAUGGUUGA